UGUUUAGUUUACUACAACGUUUCGACCCUAUUUUUUGGGUCCUUAUCAAGUCGUACUAAGUCAGUCAUCGACGUCGAACUGUUCGAGCCCAGCAACCACAGUGCUCACACGUAAGCGUAUAUUUUACAAUUCGACUCUGUCUGCCGAGCUUUGAAAGGACCUAAGAGAGCAGUGCGAAUUUUUGAGGAGAUUCCGCCAGCUCGAAAAAAUUGAAAGAAAAAAAAAACGUCGCCAACCAUCUACCCUGUUCGUGAGUUUGCUUUCCUGUUCGCCAAUGAACAUGCUGAUCAGGGAGUACGUCCGACGCGGUGCCAGCGCUCGUCGUGUCGUCAACGCUGCGAAAGACCUUUUAAAAACAAUGCCGUGCCCUUUCUUAACCCGUUUGUCCGCAAACUAUGUACGCAAUUAUGGCUCGUCCCUGAUAACGAACUACCGGCAGCACUGCCCGGUAAUGUCACGGCUGUUCAGCACGAUGACGAAGUCGGAGGAGUCUCAGCCGAUUCCCGAGCCUGUGCAGAAUCAGUGCCCCUUCCUGUCCAGAGAGCGGGACGCCGUGAAGAAGGCCAGUCCGGCAAUGGAGGAAGACGUGAUCAAUCUAGGUGCUGUGGAGCAGAAGGAGGAGACGCAGUUCCCCUACGAGGAGUUUUUCCACGAGCAGAUUAUGCGAAAGAAAAAGGACCACUCGUACCGGGUGUUCAAGAAGGUGAAUCGUCUCGCCGACGACUUCCCGGUGGCUAUGGAAUACUCGUGGGGCGAGAAACCCAUAACUGUAUGGUGCUCCAAUGAUUACCUGGGGAUGUCGCGUCAUCCUGCAGUGACCGGCGCGGUCCGCAAGGCGUUGGACAAGUUCGGCGCUGGUGCCGGAGGCACGAGAAACAUCUCGGGCAACUCCAUGGGCCACGAGAUGCUAGAGAGGCGGCUGGCGCUGCUGCAUCAGAAGGAGGCCGGCCUGAUCUUCACCUCCUGCUUCGUCGCCAACGACUCCACCCUGUUCACACUGGCGAGAAUUCUGCCUGGCUGCCACGUGUUCUCCGAUGCCGGGAAUCACGCCUCGAUGAUACAGGGCAUAAGGAACAGUGGCGUGCCGAAGCAUAUAUUCCGGCACAACGACGCGGCGCAUCUGGAGGAGCUGCUGUCCAAGGUGGACAAGAGCGUGCCGAAGAUCGUGGCGUUCGAGACGGUGCACUCCAUGACCGGCGACAUCUGCCCGCUGGAGGAGCUGUGCGACGUCGCGCACAAGUACGGCGCGAUAACGUUCGUCGACGAGGUCCACGCGGUCGGCCUGUACGGCUUCUCCGGUGCCGGCAUCGGCGAGAGGGACUGGGUGCUCCACAAAAUGGACAUUAUAUCCGGCACCUUGGGUAAGGCCUUCGGCAACGUGGGCGGCUACAUCGUCGGCACCGCCAGGCUGAUAGAUAUGAUAAGGAGCUAUGCGGCCGGUUUUAUUUUUACCACCUCGCUACCGCCCACCGUGCUGUACGGAGCCUUGACAUCCGUCGAGAUUUUGGCAUCGGACGAGGGCAGGUCGCUGAGGGCGAAUCACCAGAAAAAUGUGGCCUAUAUGAAGUCUAUUCUUACUGCCUCCGGUCUUCCGUUAGAACCGUCGCCUUCUCACAUCAUUCCGAUAAAGAUAGGAGAUCCAUUGGUGUGUAGCCAGAUAGCGGACCAUCUACUGAGAGACAAAGGACACUAUGUGCAAGCUAUAAAUUAUCCUACGGUUCCGAAGGGCGAGGAAAAACUAAGAUUGGCACCAACGCCGAAACAUACUCAGGCUAUGAUGGACAAGUUUAUGCGGGACGCUCUGGACGUCUUUCAUCAGCUCAACAUAUCCAAGACAGUCGCCGCCAAGCCGAACGACACGCCGCGUGCCAUUCUGGUUCAUUGACAAAUGUGCACAAUACAAAUGAUUAUCGUACAAACAAAGUCUAUCGGUGUAUAGAUAAUUUAUUUGUCUAGCCUAUUUAUCCGUCAUGUUUCUGCAAUACUUGGAAUUAACGGUAUAUAAAUCCUGCUAUACGCUAUCGAAGUUAAUAAUUAACAGAGGUUUAAAUAAAGUGUUAACUAAUAAA